AUGGGAGGAGCCUAAGCAUUAAUGGGAAUAUCCAAUUCUACUCCAUUCGAUAUUAAAGUUUCACUUCAUUCUGAUAGAACAAUGGUUACCAAGGAUUCAAGUAAAACAUCAAUUAAUGUGGGAUUAAAAAAGAUAUGCAGGAGGACUUUCGGUUACAGUGGAGAGAUGAAUGUUGAAUAUGUUCACUAAUUGGUUGAUCCGGGCUUUAGAGGUUACACUACUGUCAAUGCCAACACUAGAAAGGAUUGGGAGGACCUAGAUCUUACUAAAACUUGGUAUAUCACUGUCAUCAUCUUACUCGGAGAUGAUAAAGUCAAAGUUUAAUGUGAAAGUGAGCAACUCCACUCUCCCAAUGUCGUGCUUGGAUUCACUGAAAGAGGAAAAUUUGAAUUCGUAGACCUAGAGGCAGACAGUUCAUGGAGAGCUAAAGCUGGAAGAGGAACUCAAAAUUUCUACGGUAGAAAAUGCGAAAGUUGUAGCAAAAUGAUGGCUUGCCAAAAAUCAUGUUCAGAAUACUCGAAAUAUGGAGGUCACCAUUUAUGA